AUGGCACUUGACAACAUGGAAGGCAACAGUCUGCCUGCUGGUCUAACACCCGAGGAAUUUCAGAGCUUGAAAUCUCAGGCGCUAGAAGCACGGAAGCUCUCUUACAGCCCGUACUCGAAGUUUCCAGUAGGGUGCUGUCUAAUGACCAAAUCUAAGGAUUGUUUUCUGGGAGCAAACGUUGAAAACGUAAGCACACCGGGCGGAAUAUGUGCGGAGCGCACCGCAAUUGUCAAAGCCGUCACAUCUGGCCACUUGAGUGACUGGUUAUGCAUCGCCAUUAGUGCAGAGUCUCUAGAAACAUGUAUCACGCCUUGCGGAAUCUGCAGACAGACGAUCCGGGAGUUUGCAGACCCACAGCUUCCAGUUGUGAUGCUCAAUGGCGAUGGAUCGAAGUGUAUAAUCAGGACCUUGCAAGAGCUGUUGCCCCUAAGUUUCGGGCCCACGCCCGGGACCUUUUGA